AUGCCCCAACCUUGUCGCCUUCUUGUGGAAGCUGUGCUUGAGGUUCAAGGUGGUCUUGAAGCUGACGUCGAGAGGGAGCAGCUCCCCGGCUGCAACCUCGCGGACCGUUUAAGCAACGCCGAUUUGGAGGGUUUGCAGCUCCUCCGUGCGGCUAGCGCGGAGCUGAGCGAUGGAGCGGAGGCGCCGGAAAAGGCGCCGGGAGUACAGCUCCUUUGGCCGGAGGUCGCGCAGCUUUGGCUGGGCUGCUGGCUGCCAGGGAUGCCGAAGUACUUGUCGCCAAGCGUCAGCACCUAUCUGCACUGUGCCAAGGGGCUUCUAUCUCGCAUGACGUGGGGAGCUGGACAGGACAACGGCACUGCUAUGCCCACCACCUCCGUCAGCACCGCUCAGGGUGCUGCCGUGGACGAGGAGGAGCAGCAAAAGCCCGGCAAGGUGGCGGCUGAGCUGCUGCAGGCACUGAAGCUCAUUGGGCCGGACAAAGGCGCCUUGGCCAGUGCUCAGCUGCUUGCUCUACGCCUGACCGCCGAGGGCAAGGUGGGUCUAAGCCCAGCGAAUGUGAUUGCUCUGAACCUGUUCCUCUCAGAUACCAGCUUCCACAGUGAGGUCAACACGGCCAUGGUGUCGCAGUUCUCGCAGCAGCCUCUACCAGCGGUGCGCGAGCGUGCUGCCGAUAUUUAUGCGGCCCACGCCCAGCUUUCUGCUGCCAUCCAAGCGCUACCUGCACGGAAGGUCGUUUGCUUCCGAUCCAUCCGCUUCGCGGGCGGGAUGCGCGACUUCCUGCGUGGCCACAGACUCGGCAUGGAUUGCUAUCGGCCGGGUAGCAUCGUGAUGUGGAGGCACGCCGCCUCCUGCACACAGGAUCCAGCGCUGGCGGAAGAGCUCGCACUCCAUGGCGAGCCCGCAUCUGCCUCCGGAGUGGUCUUCAAGAUACGCCGUGCAGCAAGCGCGCGGCCAGUCGCAGAGUUCUCUGCCACCCCGGAGCAUCAGGAGGUGCUGUUUGCACCCGGCACCAUUUUCCGAGUGGUGGGUUUCUACCCAUGCAACCAGCAAAGUUUGAGGCACUUCGCAGCAGCAUGCUCGCCUCUGCUUCUUGAGCGCCACUUCCCGGAUCAGCUUGCCAUGGAGAGGACGGCGCCUCCUCAACAUUAUCUGGGACAGCUGGCGGAUCUUGUGUCCGAAGCACAGACUGCACGCACACAAUCGUGCCCGGAUACCGCUGUUAGAAGUCGGCCGCCCAGGAGGGCAAAUCAGUGGGGUGAACUGCCAUGCCGUGGCUGUGGAGAGCAUCUACCGCCACACCGAUUUUCGUUCCAGAGAAGCUUGUGCAAAAUGUGCUAUGCAUCAAACGCUCGCGCUUAUUAUCGGACCUUGCGAGGAAACAUGGUCCUUCUUGUGAACUCAGCACGGACGAGAUCAAGAAGGAAGGGUUGGUCAUGCAGCCUACAGAUGGAACAUGUGCUGCAAAUGCUACUGCAGCAGGAAGGCCGAUGCGCCUAUUCUGGAGUGCCAAUGGAGAUUCUUUUCCCCAACUCAAACUGGCGCAUGUCCUUGGAACGACUGGACAACUCCAGAGCAUACUGCCAACGGAACUGUGUUCUGGUGGCCGCUGAGUUCAACUCUCCAGAUCACACCAGAAGGCCUGGUGUGCACCAGGAACACGUGCGGGGAUCGUCACAGUGGUCUGCUGAAAAAGUUGGGUCUAUACGUGACGCAUGUAGCUCAGUCGUGCAUCUGGAGGUGCUCAAGGAGAAUGUUGCAGUGGCUCGACACAGAAGCGAUGGGUCAAGUCUUUUCCCGUACAACAGGACGUUGCGAGGAAAGUCGAAACUGUUGGCAGCCAGUGCGCAAACGCGAUCGAGAAGGAGGGGGGAAGAGUGCGAAAUCAACUACACUGACAUUCUACAGAUGCUCUUGGAGCAGCAGGGCCGAUGCUUCUAUUCUGGAAUACCGUUGCAGUGGUACCCACACACCGACUGGAUGAUGUCGUUGGAGCGCUUGGACAACAAUUUGGGAUACGUUGAAGGGAACUGCGUCUUAAUCGCGAACGAGUUCAACACUACAGACCACAGUCGGCAUGCAGUGGGAGAAGUCCGUGGGUCGUCGCAGUGGUCACUGGCGAAGGUACUGCACGUUUGGGGCAGAGCUGGCUUUCUUUGA